AAUAACGUUGUUGGUGUUGGGGCCUUUAUUGUUCAUUACCUUCUAUCCGUAUCCAAGGUGUUCAUAUUUUUCACGUGGCUGGUUCUAUAUAUAAUGUCCCCCAGUGCAUAUAUUGACAAUGAGAACGGGUAAACUAACCUUUGGGACAUAUGGAAAAGAGUUGGAUCGAAGCCGAGAGAAAGGCCUCUCGGCCUUUAGCUGAUUUCCCUGCCGGUGUCGGGGAAGAAUACUUGUCCUCUUCCUGGAUUCCCCAUACGGACCAUAUGACAAAAGAGGCAUACACGGAGAGGCUGAGUUCGCUGAAAAAGCAGGUGAUGGAAUUGUUUACGGUUUCGAAAGCUAAUCCUAUUGAAAGCAUCAAGUUCAUCGACACGUUGUGCCGCCUUGGUGUGUCGUACCAUUUCGAAAAAGAAAUCGAGGAGCAACUGGGGAAGAUAUUCGCGAGUCGUGAUUUUCACGGUAUCAUAAGGAGCGAGGAAUGCGAUUUGUGUACUGUCGGGCUUGCUUUCCAAGUCUUCAGACAAUUCGGCUUCAAACUCUCCGCGGAUGUGUUUGACAAGUUUAAGGACGAAGACGGAAAGUUGAAGGGGAAUCAUGGAGCAGAUGCCAAGGGAAUGGUGAGCUUGUACGAGGCUUCACAUUGGAGGACCCACGGUGAAGAUUUUCUAGACGAAGCUGCCGUUUUCUCCACGACGGUUUUGGAAGAUCUGUCAUCUCGAUGCAGCCCCCAUCUUGCAACACGCAUCAAGAAUGCACUGAGGCACCCGUAUCACAAAGGCAUCCCGAGGAUAGAGGCAAGACAAUACAUCUCGUACUACGAAGAAGAGGAGAUGCGUGAUGAGACAUUGCUGGAAUUCGCUAAGGUUGAUUUCAACGUAUUGCAACUCCUACACCUUGAAGAGAUUGCCCUUGUAUCAAGGUGGUACAACGAUCUAAGGAUUGAAUCGAAUGUACCGUACGCGAGGAAUAGGACAGUCGAAGCCUUCUUGUGGGCGCUCGGAACAUAUUUCGAGCCGAAAUACUCACGGGCACGGGUCACACUGGCAAUUGUUAUACUCAUAAUUACACUCAUCGAUGACACAUAUGAUGCUUACGGCACUCUAGAGGAACUCGAACUCUUCACUGACGCAUUGGACACGUGGCUUCCUGCUGCCCCUCACGUGCUACCAGAUAGCAUGAAACACGUCUAUCAUAUUAUGAUAGAUUUUUACGACAAGAUGGAGAAAGAAAUGGAGGAAGAAGGAAGAUCCGGAUGUGGAUUCUAUCUGAAAAAAUUGCUGAAAAUGCUCGGCAAAAGUUACAAUCGAGAGGCGGAGUGGUUAAACAAAGAUUACAUACCGAUGUUUGAAGAGUACAAGGAGAACGGAGCUCUUUCGUCCGCAAUCCUUUCCGUGGUUGCCGCAAGCAUUGUAGGGAUGGAAAGAGUUGGCAAUGUUGAUGCCUUCAAGUGGUUAAGCUCACGCCCUAAACCUCUGCUAGCGGCGGAAGUUAUCGGCCGAUUCAAGGAUGACAUUGCUGGCUACGAGAUGGAACACAAGCGGAAACACGUCGGAACGGCCAUUGAUUGUUACAUGAAGCAGUACGGCGUUUCGAAGGGCAAAGCCACGGAAGAGAUCCGAAACAUGAUAUCGGAUUCGUGGAAGGAUCUGAAUGGAGAACUGAUGAGGAGGCCUCACUCCGUGCCUUUCCCUCUUCUAAUCGGAAUUCUUAAUGUAACGAGGGCUUGUGAGGUAUUCUACAAGUACGGUGACGGAUACACCGAGCCAGAGUACGUGAAGGAGUACAUCGUCUCCUUGUUCGGACAAAACAUACCCAUCUGACAUAUAUAGGCGUAAUUUGCAUGUAUGUUAUAUGUAAUUAUAUAGUUUGUUUUCAUAUGGGACCAUAUAUAGUUUAUGCAAAGGAUAUCGAUCAUUAUA